CAUCAGCUGCGCUGCUGGGCUGUGGACGGGGACGGCGCGUGCCGUGCCGUGCAGGGAAGGGAGUGUUUACGUUUUACUGCAACGUCACGCUCACUAAAGCCACAGAGGACCGAAACGCCCAUUUACCGUUUCGAAUGAAACUGUAGCGGAAUGAGAAAAGACUGGCUGUGCGGCUGGAGCCAUAGCCUGACAUCUGAAUCACUUCCUGAUUAACCCUGUCGAGCGAACGGCGAACUGCGAGCCUCUCAGGCAGGAGGCAGGAGGAGGAGGAGGAGGAGGAGGAGGCUGAAGAGAAAAAGUGACACGUGGAUCAUUCCUCCCAGGGCAUCAAGACCAACACUCCUCCUCCAGCUUAGUGCCGCGACUUGGUAAUGGACUAGAACGCCGAAACCCCGGGGAACGUGUCCGUGUCACUGCCUCCUCCUCUGCCCGCUGUUUUCUGUCUUUCUCGCUGACAGAUCCGGAAAUAGGGUGCAAGUGAGGUGCACGAGCCGUCGUCAAGGGUCUGCCGUCGCCUCGCGUUGAAUGGCAGUUAUUCAAAAACAUGGCAAGAGCUCUGGUCCAGAUUUGGUCUUUCACAAGGAGAGCCUCCCGCCUGACAAGGUCGGAGCCCACGGAUGCCAGAAGAAGUGGCCCGAAGCGCACUCACACUGGUCGAGGCCAGUGGCGAGGGUAUGGACGGUGGUGCUGCUGUUGGGAACAUGCCUCCUUUACUGCGCCCGUGUGGCGAUGCCCAUCUGUGCCGUCAGCAUGGCGGAGAAGUUCAACUGGACCAAGAGAGAGUCCGGCAUGGUGCUGGGCAGCUUCUUCUGGGGAUACUGCUUCACCCAAGUGUUCGGAGGUUACGUCAGCGACCGUGUGGGAGGUGAGAAGGUCCUCCUGCUCUCUGCAGCAGCCUGGGGCUCCAUGACAGCUUUCACUCCGAUCCUUGCCCACCUCUGCUCCCAGCCAAUCUUCUCCAUGACGCUGGCCCGCUUCCUCAUGGGCCUGUUACAAGGAGUUCAUUACCCUUCCCUGGCAAGCCUGUGCUCGCAGAAGGUGGUGGAGAGCGAGCGAGGCUUCCUCAUGAGCACUGUGGGGAGUGGCUCCUAUCUCGGCACCCUUGUGAUUGGAGGAGUUGGUUCCCUCAUGCUGGACCUGUAUGGCUGGGAGAGCGUUUUCUAUGUGUCCGGUCUCCUCUCAGUCCUUUGGGCUUACUGCAUGUGGAAAUAUCUACUUAAAGGAGAAGGCCCUAUAAUCACACUUGAGUCCCUGGGCAAUGGUGUGGCCCAGUCGAAACUUACCAAAAGACAUUGGGCACGACUCCUUAAACAACCUGCAGUCUGCGCUGUGAUAGUAACACACCUUUGCACAGCAAGCACUUUCUUCACUCUUCUGUCGUGGCUGCCGACGUUCUUUAAAGACACCUUUCCUGAUGCCAAGGGCUGGGUGUUCAACGUCAUUCCCUGGUUGGUAGCCAUACCCUCAUCUCUGUUCAGCGGCUGCUUAUCCGAUCAUCUCAUAAGCCAAGGUUUUGACACCGCCUCAGUAAGGAAGUUGAUGCAGUUUUUCUCCAUGGGAGUGUCCAGCGUGUUCACAGUCCUUCUGUGUGGCAACACCACCUUCCCCUGGGCUGUAGCGUUUGUGUCGGCCACCAUGGGCCUCACCACCUUCAGUCACAGCGGGGUUUCUGUGAAUGUUCAGGAUCUCGCUCCUUCUUGUGCCGGAGCUCUAUUUGGUAUCAUGAAUACGUGUGGGGCAUUCUCAGGAGUCCUGAUGGUGUACUUUUCGGGGUAUCUCAUUGAGGCGACGGGCUCGUGGGGGUCGAUGUUUGCCCUCAUCACCACGGUCAACCUGAUGGGCCUCUUCACCUUCCUGGCCUUUGCUGAGGCUCGCAGGGUCGAUAUCGAGUCCGGCAGGAUCCGCCACAACAGCAUCCACAUCUAAAUCGUUGAUGGGUACAGCGUGUUAUUCCUAAUGAUAAUGUGAUUUUUGGAUAAUCUAUAGGUAGAUUAUCCACAUUGGAUUAUAAUCCAAUAGAUGGUGAGUGGCAUCUUGAACAUGUAAGAUGUGAGAAAUGUCUGUUUAGCUGUGUUUACUAAGGGAGGGCUAUGAAGGUUGCUGAAAAGCACACAGCAGAACAAUGUUACUGAAAAUCCCCUAGAUGGGAUUCAGCCUUUGAACCUGGAAGGAGGAGGCUCUUUCAGUUCAGAGGAAAAUGUCGGAGAGCAUACUUACACUACGUCCAGGUUAAAGCUCGUGAGGCGGUUAAACACGGGGCAAGGAAAGGUGUUUACAUUUGUCUUAAAUUAAAGGCCAUAUGAGAAGUGGAAAGCUGUUGCUCAGUGUUGGAUGUUGUCGAGGGAGCUCUGAGAGCCGCGGCGGCGUUUGAGUCGCUCCCCGACGGCUGUGACAGACAGAAGCUGGGCUCUUUUUCUCACCAUGUAGGUGAGACCCAAGGAGAGUCAACACUCUUCUACCUGAAGUAUUUCACUCGUAAGCCCCAUUCAGUCAUCACUGAGAUAAAUAUCCGAGUGACACCUCAUUACACGGCCACUUAUGACUCUGGCAGACAUCCUUAAUGUUCUGUACAAUUUACCUUCAGUGGACCGUGUUCGCAGUGAGAGACUGGUUCUGUCGGUUUUCAAAGGGGUGACGGAAAGCUUUCUGGGCUUAGUUUCCGCUGAGCGCUUUGCCUCUGGUAGUUGUAUUAAAUACAGUGAUGCAUUUUUUUUUAAGACCAAAGGUUAAUAGUAAAUUAUUAUUUUUUUGUAUGUAGUUGCAUCUACUACAAUACCUCAUUAAAUUAUUUUUGAAGAGUUUCAUAUUUAUAUGGCUUCAAAAUCUUUUUCUCUUUUGGAGAGAAAAUGUGUGAGAGGAAAAUAAAAAUGAAAGGCUGUGAUACGGCCUGGAAAGGCCAAAAAAAGACAUGACUGUGUGUGAGUUAAACCUGAAUUGUUCUUCCACUGAAUUGAAAUGUGUCUGCGUUAGGUGCACGUGUAUUUUAGAGUGAUAUCCAACUUUUUCUUUGUCCCGCUUCAGACGUUUGUUACUGGGGUCUUGGAAUGUAUAAUAACUGUGAGGGUAGGGGAACUUGACUGUCUCUUUAUUGUCUCAGACCUGUUUUUUUCUUUUCUACCCUUGACAUAAUAAAUGAUACUGCAGAUGAAAGGGUUAAGGAUUUUUUUUGGAGCUGCACAUUUAAGAUAUUGCAAUGUUACUACAGAGCACAUGACAACUGAAUGCCAGCUAAAUAAUUCUGAUUGUUGAGACUGUGGCCUUCAGAGCAAUGUUUCAGUUCCUAAUUGAUAUUUGCAAGUUUUUUUUCAUGUUAAAUCCAAAUGCUUACUUAGUGUCUAUAGCUAUGUAUCUAUGCAUUAAUUAUUUUGUGCCUCAUUUAAGUAACAUAUGAAUUGCAAAACGCAGUUCUUGCCACACAGUGUAUAUUAAUAAUUUGUAGGAAUUGUCUGUUUUGUGUCACCUGGAUUAUGUGCAGACAACGGCACGUUUUCUUUUGGAAUAAAUAUCUUGCUCUACAGAUUGAGCUUUGUAAAUGUGCAUUGCAUUUCAUUAAAUUUUGGUACUUCGCUACACAUA